ACCGUUGCUAGGUAACGCGCACAGAAAUCAGACAUAAAAUCAACACACGUCUCUAAAAGAGUCUUGUUUUUUUCAACAUGGCAGGAAACGAGAAGCACGAUGUGGUCCAUCAAAACGCCAUUCACGUUGAGACGAUACGGAAAGAGCAAAGACACCAGAAACUUCACACGGAGUUCAGCAUCAAUCCACACAGGAAACUACAUGUCCUACCAGACAAACCCAUGUCCAGGAAACCAUCAGAAGUGAUUGCAGAGAACUCGGACUUCAUUGGGGCCUUCCACAAGGCCCGCCAGGAACCCACCAAGAAAUACACAAUGCCACUGACUGAGAGUCAGGAGAUAGGAUGGGUGUCAACCCCACUGAUUCCAUCGAAUCGCCACGACCAGAGAUUCAAUUUCUACCGAUUCAGCACGGACGUCACCAAACACCAAGAAUCUGCCCUGCGAAAAUGAAUGAGCAUGAAAAACAGAACGGAGAUCUCCGUAAAGUGAACACCUAUGUUCAGAUUUAUUUAUUUAUCAUACAAACAUACAGGUGUCGGCACCAGAAGUUGCCCUUUUUUACAUUUCUAUUUUUGCAAACUAAGAAAAAAAAAUAACACUUGCAGGGAGAAACAUUUGCACAGGUCUAUACAAAGCACACUCACCCAUCACAUACUAAUCAUAUUAAUGAAUGGGAAAGGGCAAUGCUGACAGCUGCUCAAUAUUAUAAAAUGUCAUGUCACAUGAGAGAGAAUCAAUGAGCCAAGGAGCGGAGUUAGAAAAAAAAACAGAAUAAAGCAAACUCUGCAGAGCACACACAAUGUAAAUCAGAUGGUUGGUGAAAACACUGGGGUGUAAUCACAGAAAAUGGCUUUAAAACCACUUUAUCUGACAAGCAAGAAGAGGCAACGACGGCCGCAAACAAUAAAAACUUGCCAUGACAAAUUC